AUGUCGCCCUCGUGUGGACAAGCGCGCAAUCAGAACUACUUCGACAUUAUCCGGCAGCUCUCGCUGGGUGAGAAACAGCUGGCGACCUUUGACCUCACCUGCCGCCUUCUCUCCCACCUCUUCUGGUUCGGAGACCUCAACUACCGUACCGACAUGGAGUACGCGGACAUCAUGAACCACCUACGUAGGCGAGAGUUCGACUCCAUCCUCACCAUGGACCAGCUGAACAAGGAGCGCGAGUCCACACACAUCUUCAACAAAUUCAACGAGGAGGACAUCACCUUCCCCCCAACCUACCGCUACGAGAAGGGAUCCCGGGACGUCUACGUUUGGCAGAAGUUCAAGACCACAGGGGUGCGCAAGAACGUCCCGUCGUGGUGCGACCGCGUGCUGUGGAAGUCUCACCCCGAGAUGCACAUCGCCUGCAACUCGUACGGGUGCCCUGAGGACAUCGUGACGAGCGACCACUCCCCGGUUUUUGCGACGUUCGACGUCGCAGUCACCUCCCAGUUCGUGUCCAAAAAAGUGGAGGAGCCGGGGUCGGUGGGCCAGGCCAUGAUUCAGUUCGACUCUGUCAAGGUGAUCCUCAAGACGAGCAGUCGCUCACACUUCUUCAUCGAGUUCUACUCCAGCUGCCUCGACGGUUUUGAGAAGACGGAGGAGGGCACCAACAUGGCGAAUGAGACCGUGGGGUUCCUCCACCUGAGCUGGAGCGCUGAGCAGCUGCCAACUCUACACCCCAUGAUCUCGGACUUUGAGUACCUGCAGGACCAGCACCUGCUGAUGAGCGUCAAGCUCGCCGAUGGCUCCAACGAGUCCUACGGCGAGUGCUGCGUGGCGCUGCGUUCGCUCAUCGGGGGCUCCAUGGCUCAGCUGGAGACGUUCCUGACGCACCACGGGGAGGACACGGGCAGCGUGCGCGUCAACAUGGCCGUGCACGUGCCCCACGAGCGCCGGGCCACGCGCGAGCGCAUCUACGACUGGAUCCGCGUGGAACGCGACGAGGCCGGAGCUCACGGCAAGACGAAGGAGACAAACACAGCCGACACGCAGCCUGCAACAUUCCGGAACGCCGCUGAUUCCGAGGCCACUGCCUUUCCGUCGUCAACAUCGUCAUCAGCAUCGUCAUCAUCAUCAUCAGCAGCAGCAGCAUCAUUCUCAUCGGCGGCGUUGGCAUCGUCAUCAUCCGGCGCGGGUGGUGAGACGCCGCUCUCUGCCAACGCGAUCCCCACGGUGGCCGCGGUCAGAGGUGGCGGAGGAGGAUUAGCGGCACGAAGGGAGAGGCCACGUAGCCACGUGUCCCCCACGCGGAGUGGGCCUCUGCCCACGGCCACGGUGGCCGGGCCCGGUGCGGCCGGCCCCGGCGUCACGCCGGGCGGCCUCUCUCCAUCGCAGUUCCCACCGCGGCCAUUCUUCUAUGACGACUGCACUCCGGCCGUGUCGGAGCUCGUAGACAACCCCCUCUACGCCUCGUCUAAACAGGUGCGCAACGUGCAACCGGAGCUCAAGGGCCUGCCGGGCGACGGCAGGGCACGCCAGGCCAGGUCCUUCCUCGGCGUUCCCGAUCCUCCCGUCGGCACCGCCGCCGGCGCCGCGUCCUCUUCGGCGUCCUCGUCGGCGUCCUCGUCCUCGUCCUCGUCGUCAGCGGCAGGUCCACCUCAUCCAUCGUCGUCGCCAUCGCCGUCGCCAUCAUCAUCAUCAUCAGGCGGCGGCGGCAACGUAGGUAAGAGGCACGGCGUGCCGGGCCCCAACAUCUCGGACCUGGCUCGGCAGGCCAACAAGAAGGCCGGCGGGAGGCCCCCUGUGGCGAGCGCCGCGGCGGGUCGCCAGCGGCCCGUCAAGCCGCCGGUGCCCUCGCCGCCUCUGCCGGGCCACCCGCUCAACCGCGCCCAGCACCAGCCGGGCUGCAGGCCGCUGUCCCCGCGCGUGGCCGAGCCGCCCGCGGGAGGAGGAGGAGACGCACGAUGGUGA